GGGGAGGGCGCGGAGAAGAGAAAUGGAAGUUCUCUUCCUCCUUUUCCUUAACAGCUCCUCCACUUUUCCUUUUCUUUCAUUUCUUUAUCCUAUCCAUUUUUACUCCCCAUCUCCCUCCCCAAUUGCCUCUGUGGAGUGUGAGGACGGAGCAUAUGCUACGCGUUUUGCAGUCGGACAUGUGUAUUGAAUCACAUGCUAUCUGUCGGGCUGCCUAUCAAUUGAUGUUGAUAGGGUUAUCUACCAAUCGAUGGGGUUAGUUUUCUGUGCAAUUUAAAAGCACACAAAGUGUAUCAAGUGCGUUGUCUUUGCCUCUCGCUCUUUGCGACGUAACGCCUUGACGUAACAGUUUAGAGAAAGGGGGGGGCUAGUAUGGAUUUUGUCCGAAUUUCAUUGCUUCAUUGGGAUAUACAAGUCCACAUAGAGCCUGAAUGCAAAACAUUUCGCCUGAUGAUAGGGGUGUGGUUGCAACCCUUUCAAAUCCUAAAACUCUUAGGCCUAUUCUUGUUAAUUUUGUAUGAUUUGACGUGUUUUCACAACUGAUCCAGCAUGGAUCUGAUUACCUGCGAACAGAAAACAGAAAUUGACAAUAGACACCAAAAAUGUAGUCAAUAGAUCCAUGUGAAUUAUCAUUGGAAAUAAUAAUUGAUGUUUGCAGGGUAAAAGUUUCAAAACAAAUCACAUGCAAGGAACCAGCAAUGACAUUUAUGUUUUGCUUUGGCAAUCAUUUACCAUUCUCUAAAUUGAUAACAUGAAACCUGGUGAAUGUGAUUGGUUUCAAUUCUUUCGUCGCUAACGCAAAACGUUAUAAAUACUUGUUGUUUAUUUAUUAUUCAGCAACCGAAUGAAUAUAUCUAUAGCUACCUACAUACGUCUAUAAAAAGGUAAAGUUAAAGAGUAGAGGGACUUGGUGUCAUAUCAUUAUUUUGAAAUCAGCAUUUUGCAACCAUGCCGUCUCUUCAAAUGUCGAAGGUGAUUGUGCGUUUAAUAUGUUUACUGAUCAUGCUUAAAACGAUGCACUCGUGGAUUCUGCGUCUGCCAUGUAAAGAAGAAGGACAGUUCGAUGUAAUAUCAACAGACAAGACCUUGCUAAACAAUUUGCUAGGAUCCUUGACCGUUUCUAGUUUAGAAGAUUGCUUUGAAAGCUGCAGACUUCGCAUUGGGUGCAAAUCUGUGAACCACAAAAAUGCUGGAGAGAACAAUUGUGAGCUGAAUAACAAGACAGAGAUUGAAGGAUAUUCAGGAGACCUUCAGCCAAACGCCGGCUGGACAUAUUACGCUACGAACUACAGUAAGAAGAAUAUUGGCUCAUACUGCGAGUUAUUCAAGCCAUGCAGUGCGUCAGAGUAUUGCAUUGAUACCUGCUCGUGCCCAGGAUUUCGCUGUUUUCGAUGCAACCAUGGUUAUUUUCUCAACAGAGACAUGGAAUGCGCUGCAUCUUCAAAAUCAUGCAAAGACUUUUACAUGGCUGGCGAGAGGGAUAGUAAGAAGUACAUUUUGGACGAUAUUGGGACUCACUAUUGCAUGAUGGAUGGUGGUUGUGGCAAAGGAGGGUGGACAUUGGCAUUGAAGGCUGACGGGACAACGACUACUUUGUGGUCAAACUCACUUUACUGGGAAGAUGAGAGAGUGCUUAAUGACUUGGCAACAAACAUGGAUCCUGGAGAUGCAAAAUUUGAAGCAUUCAACAAAAUGAGGUUUACUGCUGUUUGUAUAGGAAUGAAAAUGAAACACCAGAAAGUUUCAGAAACCAACUGGCUUUCCUUCCCAAUAUCGUUUUCAUCUUUGCGUGAGAUAUUCUCAUCGUCCACGAGCAUACACUUGAAUCUUCCCCUAAGUAAAUGGUAUGGUUUGAUUCCAGGACCAACAAACUUAUUGCAACCACACUGUCACAGACAAGGAUUUAAUAUACGGAAGGAUUUUAACAACAUCUUAAUGGCAAGAAUCGGCAUUAUGGGCAAUAACGAGAAUGAAUGUAUGUCCCCAAAUUCAAUCAUAGGUAUCGGAUUUAACAGAAACACCCCAACAACUGGCUGCUAUUAUUACACCGAUGUAUACACAAGACAUGCUUACAUUUUUAUACAGUGAGAUUCCAUAUUAGACUGGUUCCAAUUCCAAGAAAUUAUAAAACAAGGGGCAUUUUUUAGUAGAAGCUGGGACCCAGUUGAUUUUGGGUAUUUCGACCAUGCUGAUUACAAAUUAGUGGAUCCCAAAGGAAAUUCGGUCAUUUAAUAGCUUAAUUUGUAUAUCAAAAUGGCUGCCUGUCGAAAUCUUCAAAAUGCUGCCAAGAAAACCCAUGACACUGCAUUCGACUAGGAUAUUCAUCAAUAUUGCUGUUAUGAGGACAGAACUUGGUAAAAUGGUGUACAGCAACAUAAUCUACACAACAGGCACUUUUUAAAUUUUCAUUACAUCUAUGACGCCAUUAUGAUGUCAUAAUUGAAGGAAAUGGCAGAAUUUGCUAACUAUUGGCAAUAUCUCAGUUUUAAUUAUCAAGUCCUUUUAUAAUGCCUCUAGAAUAUAUCAAAAUGCACCAAAAAGUAAAAAUCAGAGAUAUGAUUUCCAUCUAAGCUUAUUAUCUAUGUCACUUAUUCAUCAUUUAUUUACACCAGUUUGUCAUUGUUUCGUUUAAACCCCUAAUUACUCGUGCAAAUACUUUAAAAUGUCUUCAAUUUACUUUUGAAGAUAAAGAAAACCAAUUUCGGCCAGUAAAGUUUAUCUAUGACAUUUUCUGUGACUUGCAUGACGUCAUAAAUUUGAUUAACGUCAUAAAAUGAAAAAGGUCAUGCAGCAUUUGAAAGUUCUCAUCGAAAUCAGUCGAAUGUUGGCAUUGUCGAUGAUCUAUGAUCCUCCGGCAAAAAUUAAACUCACUUAUUUAGUUUUCUAGCUGAUUAGUGUCUACCAUCAAGAAAAUCUUCCAGUUUUAUUUAGCCCAUUAUAUUUUAGGAGAAAUGGCAAACUUUCAGCUCUCCAUAUUUCGAACUAACGACAAGUUUAUCUAUGACAUUUUCUCAAAUGAAAUUUCUCCCAAGUAGUGAUCGGGUGAAAUGUCAACAUUGAAUAUUUAAGUGGCUGAACACAUUCCUUUUGUACAUCCAAUUCUACUAUGCUGCAUCUUUGUAAAGGUCUCUAACGUGUAUCCAAGCUGGAAUCUAUUCAAUUAUAGGUCAGUUGAAUUCGUUGUUUUCAGCUUUGCUGCAUAUGCCGUACAACUUGCUACAUUACAGGCCUUGCGCAAAUUAACACUAAUUUCUGACUAAUAAUUCUUGAGAAUUCUCGAGAAAAGAAUAGUUCCACUUAAAACUUCAUUGCUGAUAUUAAAAUUCUUCCAUACUUGUCAAGAACUCUUGAGGAUUCUUGUAAUGUUGAUACUGCAGUGUGAAGCUUGACCCUACAUUAGAAUUUGAAGGAAUGUCUGAUCUAAAUCUUAAAGCAAACUAAGCUAUAUGAGAUUUUAUUAAAAAAUUCUUUUACAUAUGAGUUGGUGUAGUAGAUCAAUGCUCAUCGUUCAGACAGCUGUCAUCUUCUGUAGCACUUUUGCAUUAAGCUGUGCACAGUAGAUUUGCCUUUCUACAGCGUUUGUUUCUGCAUCGUGUGUAACAUCCACAAAAGAUCAUCUCCAGAGAAGCUGUAGGUAUGGCCUCUGCUGUCAUUAGAAUUGGCUUUAAUCGAUCUGCAGAAAGCUCCCAUCCGAAAUCUGUAGGCGAUGGUACGUUUUGAUGCGUUGACCCAGCUUGUUUCCAUAUCAUUGCUUAGAUUGUUGGAGGCGAUGCUUUUGGUUUUAUUUUCUUUAAAAAUAGAACGUGUCGGGUUUUAAUUUGUGGUGUUAAUGUCACCUGCACCAUAAACGUGGCAAGGAAAUUGUUCUGCUUUCCGCAUAACUUUUUUUUUAAUACCUCCUUCUCCCAUGUUUUACACGAGUUCAUGCGACUUUUUCCAUGCAGAUGUCUUUAUCUUCCCAGACAAGUACGAAGUUGCAUCACAUCCAGUACGAGUGUUAAAGGGGAUGAGUGCUCGACAGACUCUGGCAAGGUGGGAAGGAUCCCUUUGACUGGAAUAAGUUUUCUCUUCUUUCACGUUCCGGACAUCAUCCGGAGAUCAUUGCAUCGCAUUCGUUCACAGUGGGACACCAGAAUUAUGAGCACAUCUGUAUCUCUAGCAGCAAUUACUACUGUAUUGCAGGUGGCGUUGAUAGCAUGAAGGACAAGUCUGGUGUCUGCUUCUUCAUGUCUUGCACUCAAAGACAAGGUAUAAGUGUAGUAUUUCGAUGACUGGGCAAGCAAAUCAUUGAUAAAUCCUGUGUAACAAUUUCUUUAUCCUCAGGUGCUUGGCGAAACAACUCUCUGACAGGAAUCGUGCAAGAUCUGCUUUGUUUCCUGGCAAUGCCAAUAAGUCUGACCAGCACUUUGGAAGAGGUAUCAAACCGCCCUUUAUAACUCGGCGAAUAGGCCGGCUAGUUAUUGUCCGCCUUAGUCUGGUACUUGUUUCGAUUGAUAGUUUUCUAUAGUGGUCAAAAACAACGUCGAUUCUCUGUUAGCGUUUACCCAUUUGAAGCACUGCUUGAACAAAGGUGUCUGCUAAAUCACGAAACGAAGAGCAACCGUUUCGUUUCCCUAAUGACACCACUAGAGCCUGACCAUCGAUGAUUAAGCACGCUGUUUCUCCAAGAAGAUCGAUACUCUCCGGACAAUUGAUGCCAUCCGUUAGCUUGUCAAUAAGGACAGACUUGUCUUCAGUCCGAAGAGAACUGUUCAUUUCAGCUAGAGAUAGAGGAACUGGUAUCAAUAAAUGAGAAAGCACACUCUUAAGAUCAAUUUCACGGCCGCCUUCAUAAGCAGUGAUCAACCGCAUGAGGAUAUUUCGAUCGGCCUUAAAAACCGUCUGCUUCUCCUUGUAGUUUGAAUUUAUUGGAACUUCAUAUAGGCUUUGAGAGGUAAGCGCUCUCCAUCUUUGUAAUAGUUCUGAUUGAUAUUAUGGGCUCUGUGCCAGGCGGUAUCUGUCUUUGCGUGACAACGCUUAAAAUUUGAUCCUGACCAAGAUCGGUUGCAUGCAACAAAGAUUCUUGAAUUUCAUUAUUUGCCAGGUCUUUAGUUGCUAUAUUCUGCUAUUCUGCAAUAUCUCACCUAAGGUAUCUAUCGCAAAUAAUUCGAAUCUCUCAAAGGUGGCAAGCAAGGAAUCUUCAUCGACGUUGUCUCUUUCUAUCUUGGAUGGCAAAUCAUUCAACAGAGAUCGUUUUAUCCGCUAACAGGCCAUACAUUUUACGGGUUGUUCUGCCAAGUGUGACCUCAGGUUGAACAAAAGGCUCCAUCUCAACAAGGCCGAUGAUGUUUUCGUAAUUCCUACUAUGCCCCCGGCUUGCUUUCCCGUACCAUUCAGCCACUCCUGCGCAUGAUCCGGGUCGACCUCGCUAAAUUUUCUUGCUGAGCACUUUACAACAGAAUUCCCCUAUGCAAACUCUUCUUUGACUUCGUCUGGAAGCUGUUUUAUCUCGGCUAUGUAGAUGAUGCCCCAUCGCGCAUAAUUUUAAUGAUCAUGGUGAUCAUCUUGAAUGAUCUUGAAUGAUCAUCAUCUUGAAUUCAAUGAGAAAUCCCAAAAAGUGAGUACUUAGGCUCUAAAACUUUACUCACAUUUUGUUAAGUUAAAGGGCCCCAAAACACCACUUUCAAUAAGGGCCCCACACUGCCUCGUUACGCCACUGACGUGAAGUUUUCUGACUGGAAGCCAUUUUGAAUAUGCAAAUUAAGCCUUUAAAUUAACGAAUUUCGCUUGGGAUUUACCACAUUCGUAAUCAGCAUGGUCGAAAUACCCCAAAUAAACCAGAUCCCAGAUUCUACCCCAAAAUACCUCUUGAUCUCUUUUUAAAAACUGUUUUAGAGAAGCGGAACCAAUCUAUAUGUUCGUUGAUAUUCAGAAGAACCUAUUCUUGGGAUCCGAUAAAGAUUGGAGAGUGGGGGGAGUGGGGGGCAAGGGAGAAUAUAUCACGCAAAAUAAAAGAAUUUGAAAAAAUCUCUAUUGUUUUGAAAAAAGGUAGCCCUGCUAUUGCAAGGUCUGUAAGGACAAUAACGGUAGCGUAGGCAAAAGUUGGAAUGGGAAAAAUUAUGGCAGGAAUUAGGCGGGGUUCCAGACCCAACUUUGAAAAACAAGGCCCCUUAAGAUUUGUCUGAAAAUAUAAAAAAUUAUUGUUGCUAUGAUAGGUAUAGGCAGGUGCAUAUUUCUCAAUCAUCAGUGCAAAUGAAUGAUUCUAAUUUAAACAAAUGACUCAAAUAUGAUCAGAUAACUGUUGCCUACAAUAUUGGGAGUACAAUGCCUGCCAAAAGUCUUGGAACACUGACAUCAAUUUCCAAGGUCAAAACCAAUCAUCCCCCUCUCCCCUCCAGAACAAUGUUGGUUUUCUAUCAAACGGAUUAGGAUUUUCGGAAGCACUUUCUUUUGCGCUUCUUUUAUGAUAUUUCUCUAAAUCAUCAACAUUGUUUUAGGAGGAAGGGGGCGAAAGUAGCAAUUUUUUUCAUGAAAGGAAUGAAAGAUAUCAAAUGCAGCGUAAAUUGGUGGGUGUUCCAAGUACUUUUGGCAGGCAUUGUACGUAGAAGGUAGCUGUUUAUAUAUCUUUCAUGAGCUGUGCGCACACAUGGACUCGGUUGAUCUGUAAACCGAAUGGACGUAUUGUAUAUACAUAUCUUACUACGAGAAUGUUCGAUAUUGAGCAUAAGUAUGUUCUAAAAGCGUAGAUCUGUAAAACGAUAACAUAAUUUAUUCGAUCAUUUGAAAUGGGUCUGCACUGCGUAUAGUAUAUUGGGUUCUAAUGAUAUUUUGACAUCGAAAAUUGUCUUCUUCUUCAAGUCAAAAAGUAACCUAAUGAAAAACUUUGUGGAUAGCUUGCAUUUUGUUAUACUACAACGAUUUAAUCCACCUCUUAUUUGCUCGUGUCGUGUCAUAGAAUGUCAAAUCUUUUGUUGAAAAAGCCACUGUAGUACGAGUUAGGUACAAUAACUUAAUUUCGAGCCGUACAAAUGUAGUAUGACCUUUUACGAUUCUUCAUAUUAAACUUUUUUCACAAAAAACACUUCAGUAUUGUGUUCAUAUGUAUUCUGAAAGGCCAAAUUCAACAAUAGCAAAAUGUUGCAUUGUAUCGUUCUAUAUGACUAACCAAGUAUCAACACCACUUGCACUAACUUGAAAGUUACCAGGGGCAGCGUCUUUGGAGGGACCACGGAGGAGCAUGGCGCGUUUUAACUAGAUACAUUGUAUAAAAUGCACGAUAAAGACUUUCUACUAUAUUGCCCCUCUAUUCAGAGUUCAUGCCUUGGCCCUUAGAGAAAACUUUUCACAGUACUUUAAGGAUGCAACAGGUUGUUAAAAUCAAGAACAGGGUGAAACAGUUCUAAGAACCUUUCGAUAUGGGCAUAAUGGGCACAGAGUCAUUUUCUGUCAAAACUUUGUCUGGAAAAUAAUAGUAAGUACCCUUUAUGUCUUUUAUUGGCAAAUUUAUGAAAAUAAUAUAGCUAGUAAAACAAUUUAAAAGUACUCUUAUUUUGUUUUCAGUUUUCAUACGUCCAGUUCAAUUAUUAUUGACAUGGACAUCUAUGAAGACAUCACAUUCUAUUCGAUAUACUUAUUGUAACUUCUUGUCAAUUCAUCGGUAUCUUUUAUUUGGUGUAGAAUAAACCUCAAUGCAUUUUCUCACUGUUUCAGAAGAUUGGAUGCAGAAAGUACGUUUUCUGGUGAUCAGAUAACAAAUAAAUAAAUAGAUAAUACGUCAUUCAUGAUUAGUAGAUUAGAUAGUGCUACUACCAGCCCACCUGCGAAUACACCAUGAAGCCUAUAGUUUAAAGUUGUAUUGUAGAAGCAACACCGUGAAUUAAUUUUUGGAUUAAUGACUUUGAUGAAGCAAAUGUAUUGCAAGCAAGACUGGAUUGUUCCCUUUUCGGGCUUCAUGGGAUAUAGUAGGAUAUUCCUUAACAAAAUUUAAGAAAAACAUACGUUUGGCAAAUGUUGUCUACAAUAAACAAAACAAAACAAAGCAAAACGAGCUAGUUGAUUGAUGAUUACCAAGAUAAAAAGUAAUAUUAUCAUAUCUUGUGUUGAAGUUAUGUAAGGUUGGGGAUUAUAAAAAAACACUUUUUUGAGCACUUAGCCAAAAUUGUCGUAACUUAUAUAAUAUGGAAAAGUUAGAGAGGAAGUAUAUGACACUCAUUUUGUUUAUAAGAAGCAGGUUAUAAGAAACGGUAGGCUAAAUUUUUCGAAAGUUGAGAAACAACCCUACCCAAAUGUAAAAAGGCUAAGAUACUUUUAAAAUUUGCAGUUUUGAUUUUCCAAGUUGACACUCGAAACAGUCUUGACAUUAAAUAUAAUUGUAUAUUGCAACACUACACUUAACAUGCAGUUUGUAUUUUUUCUCAAUAAAUUGCACACUCAAGAAGUUUCCAGUUAAAAGUGUAUUUCAUCUUUAACGAGGUUUGUACAAAUUCGUAAGUGCUAUUUAGUGAUGAAGGUGUAAAAUUUUACGAAGCAAACGCAAAAGUAGAAAGCAAAACAAAGUAUUUCACUAUUUUUUUCUUCUCAAAAUAUUAGGUGCUUUUUGCUACAUCUCUGCAUUAUAUCAAUCUCAUUUAAAAUAUAUAUACAUUCAAAUGUUAAUUUUCUACUGUCAAACUGCAUAAGUAGAUGGGAAUAAUGGUGCAUUUUGUGAUCGUGAUUGUGUCGAGGGGGGUGCCACCAGUGAGAGUCUGCCCGCGUUGCGGAAAUUCAAGUUCUGGACGCUUGCAACAACAACAACAACAACAACUGAACAACAACAACUGGCAGAAAACAUGGCUGCUUUGAGAGGGUUGUCUCUAGCGUUUGUGAAAGAAAUCAAGGCCAAAUUUGAUCCAUUUCACCCACAAGCCGUAACUGCCAGGUAAUCUAUGACCAUAACAUUUUUAUGUUUGGAAGAUCAUUAUUUUAUCUGCCAUAUAUCGAUAGAUGCCAAUAUGAACAAAAUUUUCCAACCUUUCGUUGGAAAAGGUGAUGCAGCUGUAACAGGUGGACUGCAGCUAUACUAUCCUCACAACUUAAAAAAUUUACGUACAAGUUUUAAAGUUAAUUAUUGCCAAAAACCUGUAAAAAGGAAAGAAGGCAAAAACCACACUCUAAGAAGGCAAAAACUAACUCUUAAGAACCAACUGUUUAGCACGAUAAAGCUGUGUUUUAUAGAUCAUCUUUAUUUUAGUUUCUCUUUAUUUACAGAACUGAUAAUCCAAAACACCAUACUCUAUGUCAGCUAAGAUCUGAAAAGAACUGUAACUGACCAUCCAAAUGAAAAAUUUCCAAUCUCAGAGAAGAAAACUGACAUCCCCCCUUGUGUUUUUAAUCCAGUUUUGGAAAAAUUAGAAAAUUGACAUUAAUAAAAGUGAGGUGGACAUGUCCACCCUAGUCUACCCUAUAGUGCCGCCCCUGGGUGCAUCCAAGCUCAUCGGAAAAACUUUGACAAAGGGGUUUUUACCUCAAACCUAGGACAGAGAAACUUUGAAAGAUGGAUACCUUUUGGAAUCUGAAAAAAUUCACUGGAAUUGGGUGUUUUUCUACUACCCAUGUAGAGCCCUGUUUACACUAUAGCUUCUAACCUAGGUUGAGCCUGUGGGUUUGGAAUAUUGUAGUGUAAACACAGUUAACCUAGGUUUAACCCCAGGGGGGAGUUAUUCCCAUUAUGGCCUAGCAGGGGGUGCAGUCAGGGUCAAUGAGGGCCAAAGCUAAAAUGUUAAAAAAUUACCCUCAAAUGGUAGUGUUUUUUGGCAAUAAUACUCAAAUGGUAGCAUAAGGAUGGGAAUUAUGUCAUUGGUAGCAUCCUGUUAUUGGAAAUUAUUUCUUUCUACAUGCCUAAUCCUUCUUUGACAAAUUUCUUCUCCAUUGACUGUUGUUGAUUUGGGAAAAACAAAAAAAACUUUGUUAAUUGUAUAUAAUAAAUUGCACUCUGUCUCAAUAGACCAGUGUCGCCUGCUCCUUUGAUCGGCAGCAUGUCCGUCUCUGCUGUUGUGUUAGUAUCAAAACUGGGCUAUUUGGUAGCUAUUUGGUAAGACCCUCAUAUUGACUGGACACCCCUGUCAUGCAUUAAUGGGGUUACCCCCUCCCCUCCCUAGGGUCGAGCCUAGAUUAAUCCAACCCUAUGCUGGAGGUGGGUUGAACCUAUGUUGACCCCAGGUUAAGAUCUUUGAAAUACAGUUUAAAGGCAAACCUGGAUUGAACACAGGUUAACACUCGAUACACACAUGCGCUUUUCGAGCUAUGCUUCAAAAGGCCCCAAGACACCCAGCCAUUCUCAAACAAAAGUUGUCUUGCAAUGUUAAAGG